AUGUCAGCAUCCGGACGGCUGCAGGGUGAGCGCUCACCAAUGCGAACCCCGCGGCGUGCUUCUUCGUCUCCUCCACCUCGUCGACCCCGGCGCCGCGACGGCGUCCGUGAGACAGUCAUCGAGCGUGUUGUCGAGAGGAGCUCGGCCGCCAUCCCCUACCCCAUUCUCACGCGUACCAAUUACGAUGAAUGGUCGUCGGUUGUGAUGGUGAACCUGCAGGCCCAGGGCCUGUGGGAGGUGGUGUCCACCGGCGUCGGCGAGUACCGCGAGGACUGGAACGCGCUCGCCGCGCUCCUCCGCGCUGUGCCCCCGGAGAUGCAAGCAGGACUGGCGCGCAAGGACUCCGCGUACGAUGCGUGGGAGGCAGUCAAGACCAUCCGCGUCGGCGUCGAGAGCGUCAAGGAGGCCAAUGCUGAGAAGCUGCGCCGGGAGUUCGCCGAGAUGGCGUUCAAACCCAGCGAAUUGGUGGAAGAGUUCACGCUGCGACUCCAAGCUGUGGCGAACCAGCUGCGCGUCCUCGGCGACGACGUCUCCGACAAAGCCAUCGUCAAGCGACUGCUACACUCCGUCCCCGACCACCUGGAACAAGUGGCAAUCUCCAUUGAGACCCUGAUGGAUCUGGACAUCGUCUCGGUGGAGGAAGUCACCGGUCGCCUCCGCGCUGUCGAGCAGAGGAAGAAGUCCACAUCGGCCCCGGUCAAGGACAGCAGCGGCAGGCUCCUUCUCACUGAAGAGGAGUGGGCCGCCCGCCUCAAGAUCCGAGACGGCGAGUCGAGCAAGGGCGGCUCCGGCUCCGGCAACAGGCGCGGCGGCGAAAAAUCACGCAGUCGUGGCAGCAACGGCGGCGGCGCGCGUGACAGCAACAACUUGGCCCAAACCGGCGGUGCGGGCCCUGAUGAUGUUUGUGACUACUGUGGCAAAAAGGGCCAUUUUGCCAAAGUGUGCAGGUCUAAGAAGCGGAACGAGCGAGCUCAGGUCCAUCUGGCUCAGGAGGGUGAUGAACAUGACGAGGCCCUGCUGAUGGCCCAUGGCGUCGUCCUCAAUCCGGCGCCAGCCGCGCACGCCGCGGCGAACCCUUCCCCAACUCCGCCGCCGCGACGCAUCAUCGAGAUCCAAGAGCAGAGAGUCUUCGCCCAGCUCGGCCCGAGGGAAGAGCGCGAGUACAAGCGAUGGGUGCUCGACACCGGGGCCACGAACCACAUGACUGGCGCCCGGGGAGCAUUCUCCGAGCUCGACUCCGGCAUCUGCGGCACGAUGGACGAAGCCGACUGCAGAGUGGAGAUCAACGCCGGCCUGUUGCGCAUCUUCGAUCAGCAACGUCAACUGCUCGUGAAGGUCCAGCGAUCCGCGACACGCCUCUACAUCCUGGAGAUGAGCAUCGGCAAGCCCGUGUGCUUGUCGGCGCGGAGCACGGAGGCGGCCUGGCGUUGGCACGCCAGGUACGGGCACAUCAGCUUCGGCUCGCUCCGGCGGCUAGCCCAGAAGGAGAUGGUGCGCGGGCUCCCUCCGCUUGAACAAGUGGAGCAAGUGUGCGACAGCUGCCUCGCCGGCAAGCAAUGA